CCACCGCAGCCGUACAGCUUUGGUUACGACACGGCUGACGAGUUCGGCAACCGGCAGUUCCGCAGUGAACAAGGUGACGCAAAUAACGCAAAGACUGGCUCGUACGGUUACACGGACGUCAACGGUCUCUACCGGCGCGUCAGCUACGUCGCCGAUGCCAAUGGCUUCCGCGCCACUGUAGACACCAACGAACCGGGCACCGCGCCGGGAGCCAGCGCCGACGUUGUGUUCAACGCCGCGCCCGUUGUGCCGCCCGUUCCUGCUGGGACGGCAACACCUGCUGCGUACGGCGCCAGGGCAGCCCCUGGUUACAACAACGCAUUGAGCGGAGAUGGUGGAUACGGAUACGACCCUUACGGCCGCGGAGCUGGAGCCGGCUAUGGUGGCUACGGACGCUUCGGCUACGGCCCUAGUGGAGCUGUUGUGGGUGGUUACGCCGCCGGAGAACGCACUCCUUCCGGUUACGGUGCCCCCGGCUAUUCGGUGGGCCAGUACGGUCCAGCUGGCUACGGCAGAUUAGCCGCUGGUCACCAUGGAUUCCGCCGUCGUAGAUAA